CAGAACCCAACCACAUCCACAGCCAAUUCCGAGCUCUUCCGAGUCCCAGAAGCCACCUCCCAUCUCCUCCAUCGUUUCGCAGUUCGCACAGACCUACGUAGUACCAUCGAGCUCGUACCGGACCAGGACCAGCUAGCCGCGCGCCGAUGGUUUCGUCGAUGAAGCACUGCAGAGAUCAGGCACCGGAGGUGCCUCUGUCCCUCUCGCUCUCCCUCGGCGCCAUGGCCGACCGCUCCAAGAAGCAGCGCCGCGGCGCAGACGGCGAGUUCGUCUGCAAGACAUGCAGCCGCGCCUUCCCGUCGUUCCAGGCGCUGGGCGGCCACCGGACCAGCCACCUGCGCGCCCGCCAUGGGCUCGCGCUAGGCCUCACUGGCGGGUCCGAUCAGCCGGCGACCAACAAGGCGACGGACCAGAAGCAGGCCCACCAGUGCCACGUCUGCGGGCUAGAGUUCGAGAUGGGGCAGGCGCUGGGCGGCCACAUGCGCCGGCACCGCGAGCAGGAGGCCGCCACCACGGCGCAGGCACCGCCCGUUCUGCUCCAGCUCUUCGUCUAGAACCGCACAGAUUUCUCUCAAGUUCAAUAGCUAGGCAUAUCAGAUUUACAGGUCGACCUAUGUGCGCGAUUUGGUUUGUACAUUUGCUGCGCACUAGUUGGUCUUGAUCCUUGGCCCGUUCGCUCAUUUUAUUAGGUAUAUAUAUACGUACAUAUUUUAGGGAGGACUCAUUCAUUCGUUCAUUCAUCACUGAUCUAUACUUUAUUGAUUCGUACA